AUUAAUUACUAUGGCUCACGUGUUAAUAUGAUGAACCCUUCCCGCUCGUUAACUUUAAGAUCUACAGAGGAUGGGUUAGAUUCAGGAUAUUCACACUCUUCAGUUGAAAGUUUAAUUAACUUUCCUGUUGGAGAAUCUCGGACUGACGUCACUGCCCCCAAUUAUUCUCCCAUGUUGAGCUCAGAAGCUUUUAUUGUGUAUUCACCACCCAGUAAAGGUUUUAACAUACCUGUGGAUACACGUAUCCGUUUUCGUACAUCUACAAAGCUACAAGCGAGUUCGACUGCAGAUAUGGUAAUUAGUUCCGUUGUGUCUAAUAUCAAAAGUUUCAGCUAUAUUGCAGUUGAAAAUAACAAUCCUCAGUCCAUACCGACAGUGAGUCAGCCCAAGAUCAAUAAUAUUUCACUGAAUGCAGUAAAAACUAUGUUGAAAAGCGUUUCACUCCCUACUAGUGUGAAGACAACAAGUGCUACUUAUGUCCAACCAUCUCAUGCCUUCAAACCAGAAAUCCCUAAUUCCCGGCUGGUUACACAAAAAAGUGAUUUUAUACCAACAGGUCCAGUCACAGGGUGGGUUCCUGUGUUUUAUCCUUCACAUCUCAACCCACGACCUAUUCAAGUGGACAAUGCUGAGAGAGGUAAAGAACCGACGGUAAUAACUGAACAGACCAAGUUUUAUUUCACCGUGACUCAUUUUACAGGAAGGUCUGGAAUAUCUAAAGAACGUGAGCAAGUUGAUUCCAUCGUGCAAAACGAUCACGUAGGCUCAUAUUCUAAAAUCGAAAAGAAGAAUACGUCCGAUGGAGAUUUUUAUAAUCUCAGCUCAGAGCUUUCUGUUGAGCAGUCUGAUGUAGAACUCACGUACACCAAGCCUAGAGAAUCAGUUCUUGAAACCAUUCAAUCUGCGUCACCAGAAGAUCUCAGCCCAACGAAAAAUCGAAAUGAUGAGAAGGUUAUCACUCUUUUUGGAUCCGGAACACUAAGUGACGACGUUACAACUAAACAAACUACUACAACUAGAUCGAGUUUUCCAACGGGCCGUCCAUAUGUUGUGCCAGUAGAUAUUGAAGAUGUUCGCCCUUUUAUUGGAUCUGGACCCCCUGGUGGCUUGACAGGGAACAACAACACUCCCCAGUUUCCUGGUGGUCAGAAUUUUCAGGCCAGACCAGGUGUGAAGCCACCUCUUCGCAGGGCACCGUUUAAACCUCGGCCUCCGAUAAUCAGGAUUGAUACUUGUAUCAUCGGCGAUGACUCGACUUGUGACGUCAACUUGAAUGAAUGGUGUAAAACAGAAGUUGGUAUAAGUGCUUGUCACUGUCGGCCAGGAUAUGCUAGAACUGCAUCACGUGGCCCUUGUACACCUGUUAUUUCCCUCCUGCUGGCGAUGAAAGCAGAUCGUCUUGAUAACAAGAAACUGAAGUUUAAUCAACUUUACCAGAACCCAAAUUCAGAGGAAUUUCAGCUCUUGGAAUAUGAAGCUGAACACGCCCUGAGCUCUUUGUUUCCAUAUACUGCUCUGGCCAAGGACUUUUUAGGGGUCAAAGUGAAUACUUUCUAUUCUAUUGGAGGUAUUUUCAUGGUAAAUGCUACUGUAAAACUGAAGGAAACUACGACUACUAAAAAGACUUCGGUAAAACAGCAGCUGAAAAACGAACUGAAUAAAGUGAUAAACCAGAACAUUGGAGACAGUCGACUACAGGUCCAAGAAUCACCCAGUCCAGUUCCGUUAGUAGAAGAUUUCGAUGAGUGUGCUGAUCCAGAUACGAAUGAUUGUUCCAAGAAUGGCUACUGUGUAAAUGAACUUGGUUCUUUCUGGUGUCAUUGUAAACCUGGAUAUUUAGACAAGUUUCAAAAUGACCGAUGGAAAGCAGGGCGACAGUGCUACGCUUGUUCUUCAGAGUUCUGUAACAAUCAUGGAGAGUGUGUCGUGAGUAAAGAAACCACUGCUUGCAAAUGCAGGGACAAUUAUAUGGGUACACAUUGUGAUAUUGACAGAGAGGUAUUAGGUGUUGCCCUCGGAGCAUCCAUCACCGCUGCUGUCAUCAUCAUCUUAACACUGAUUUGUCUUUGUGUCUGGAAUCGAAGGUCGAACAAAAAUGAUAAAAAGAUGGGAACUUCGCCUUCAGCUAGAAUUGGUCAGAUUUAUAAUUACGUCAACGAAAACAGCACUCCGAGACGGUCCAGUAGGCUAUCAGUAGAAGAUCGAAUGAGGUGGCAUCACCUCGCUGAUGCAGUUGGACGUAUAUACGAGCCUCACCUUGCAGACAAACAAGUAACAACAUCAGUUCCUCCAAUCCAACAGCAUGUAUAUGCAGCACCCUCUCGUGUUCACAGUCCUAUCUUGGAUGACAACCACCAUAGUCAGCCACAAAGACCUCGUUCGAGAGCUUCUUAUUUGUCUGAAUUGAGUGGGCCUUACCAUAGUGUUAACCAAACGUCAAUAGAAGAGUACAAUUCAAAUGUUAACCAAGGAUACUUGUUCAGGAAAUCGAGAUCUUAUCAUAGCUGAAACAAGGAUUCAUUAAGCCUGUCCAGUAGAAAUGAAAUCCAUUUAUUGGAUAACCCAAGCCUUGUUGAUAUUUAUCUUGGAUCAUCUAAAACAGAGUGAGAAGACAGGCCUGACGCGAUUAGCCAAAGUUGGUUCAUGAAAAACCAACCGGUGACAAAAGAAAUAUUUAAAUCGUGAAACCAUACGGAUUGGAUCUGUGUUUUUAUGUUUAAAUGCCGGAAUUGAGUGAACUCGAUGAAGACACCAUCCAACAUGGGUGGUCUGACUUUGGAUCAGUGCGUACGAAAAUAAGUAUUACGAAACAGUGAUUAAUCUGUUAGGAAUUUAUUGAUCGACUGUGAUGAUGCCAUGUAGACA